UCGAGGAAAAAGAUUCGAGAAGGGAUGCGACGCGGAUGCGCCGCGGAUGCGCGCGAGCUUCACUGUCGCGAGGAGAGUUACUUUGCGAGAGCAAAGCCCUCUUCGUCGACGGGAGUUCCUUUUUGCGCCGACGCGGCCGACGCUUGCGUCGCGACGCCGCCCGCUACGAUAACCGCUCGAAACAAUCGAUCCAUCGAUAAUACUACCGAUUCAGGUUAUCUCUACGAAAUGACCAGAGACGCUAUCAAAGUUUACGCCAGAUUAAAGCCGCAAAAGGAUCGCCAAAAUCUCUUGGUAUUUUCCUCUUUAAUCCUAAUCAUUAUUAUUAUAAAAGCCUUCUCCCUUCAUCAGAAAUAUCGCGUACUUCGUCGACCGAACGAUCGCGAGGCGGACUCGUUGGUGUUGUUGGCACCUUUUAAGGUCGACGAGUUUAUCGAUCAUCGUCCCGAAUCAUGGAUUUUUUCGUUUCACCGUAUCAUCGAGGAGGAAGCCAAUCAGCAAGACGUCUUUGAGAAUAUCGGUCGACCUGUGAUCGACAGCGUCCUCGAUGGUUACAAUGGUACGGUCUUCGCCUAUGGUCAGACAGGUAGCGGCAAGACUUAUACGAUAACGGGCCAAAUUUCAUCGAGCAAAAGCCAAGGUAUCGUGCCAAGAAGUCUUAGUUACCUUUUCGACGUCAUUAAAAUGCAUCCGGAAAACAUUUAUUCCGUGGACGUGGCUUAUCUGGAAAUCUACAAUGAAUACGGUUACGACUUGCUCGAUCGAAAACAGCAGCAGCAGCAGCAGCAGCAGCAGCAGGUGCAGCAAGCUAUGCGUUUGGAAGAUUUACCACGCGUCAGGAUCCAAGAGGACGAAAAGGGGAAACUGCAUCUGAAGAAUCUGACCUACCAUAAUGUAAAGAGCGAAGACCGGGCGAUGGAGUUGUUCCUUAUCGGCGACUCGCGUCGCGUUACAGUUGACACUCCUACGAAUCCGCAAUCAUCGAGGUCUCACUGUAUUUUUACCAUCAUCGUGUCGAUAAAGCAAUUCGGCGCUAAUCGUUACAAAAGAGCUAAAAUGCAUUUGGUCGAUCUUGCAGGAUCCGAACGAGUUUACAAGUGCGCUAUUAGCGGGACCGUUUUGACCGAAGCGAAACAUAUUAAUCUGAGUUUGCACUAUUUAGAACAAGUCAUAGUCUGUUUGAAUCAGGAAAAUUCAGGUCACAUACCUUACAGAAAUUGUUUAUUAACCGCUAUUCUGAGAGACAGUGUCGGUGGAAAUUGCAUCACGACGAUGUUGGCUACGUUGAGUAUAUCUUCUGCGAACCUUCAGGAAACUAUAUCCACUUGUAGAUUUGCUCAAAGAGUCGCUUUAGUUAGAAACGAAGCUAAAUUGAUAUUAGAUCAUGAUUUGGAUAGCGAGAAUAAACUUUUACUAUUGGAGAAUGAAAAACUUCGAAAACAAAUCGAAGAAUUAAAACAUACGUUAUCCUCGCAAAACAAUAGAGAUCUUUAUGAAGAAAAAUUAGGUUAUUAUAAAAAUUUAGUAAUGCAAAGAGAUCAAGAAAUUUCUGUGCUUCUCGGUUUGUUGAAAAAAGCCAAAGCUAAAAAAGAUCAGCCAGAAGGCUUGAACAAAAUGUUAAUAAAAUCUAAAUCGAAAAUAGGAACACAAGAAAAUAUGGGCAAUAGUAAAGAAACGCAUACAGGUACACGAUUAGUUGGAAAUGAAAAGGACAAAUUACGUAUAAAACGAACGAUUUCAGCCGAACGUUUGUCAAAGACAAAUAAAUUACUGGAACCUAUAGGAAAGCAUGAUGUUGAAAAUAAUACGCUAUUCGAAAGGAAACGUUCUUAUUUAUUAGAAAAAUCUGUGCUAGAAAAAUCGAUAAUUGAAGAAAAUAUUGAAAAGAAGGAUAUUCCUUCCAACGAUUCGUCAAAGGAAACUAAUUCGUCAUUUAAUUUGGAUGUAAGUAAUGUAGAAGAAAAGUUAGAAACGAAGAAAAUCGAUGAAAAUGUAGAUAAUUAUAUCCCUUCCGUACAUUCCAAUGGGACAAGUGUAAAUGAAUUUUGUAAUUUAAUAAUAAGCAACGAUACUCUUCUUACUAAUUCCAUAACGAGCGACGAUCAGUUUGAAAAAAAACAUAUCGUAGAAACAAUCAAAUCUAAUAACCCUGAUAAUGAUUUAGAGAAAAACUUACCAUUGACCGGUGAUCCAGAGAUCGACGAAGAGAUCAUUGCGUUUUAUAAAGCUAAACGAUCUGGUGGAAUUUAUUAAAUACAACAGUUCCAACAUUUUACAACAUAUU